UAUUACUCAGGUUAAAUAGAAACGUAGCUUACAUUCAGAUAUUCUCCUGGUGAUUUUGUCAUACGAAAGUUUGUGAGCUCAAUCAAGAAUGGAGGAAAGGAACAUAAGUGAAAAGACGGAAGAAAAUACAUGCAACUCUAAGAAAUUAAAAUGUACUCUAACGACAUUGGUUGUCAUAGCAGUUGUCAGCAUGAGUGUCUUAAUUCCUUUGGUAGCUCACUGUCGCCUAUUAAGACAGCACACGGUCGAAUCAGAAUGGUGCUCUCCCUUAGACAUAACAAGUCAAGGCAACCCAGACCUUCUGGGCCAACUAAUAGUAAAGACUGACAAAAAUACUGAUCGCAACAAAAUAUGUGGCAAACUGAGUACCAUGUUGAAGACAGUUGUUGAUCUGAAUAUACAUGACAGCUACGACAGUGACGCUUGUCCAGAGCCGGAGAUGCUUGGUUUAUGUAUCAAAGCAUUCAACUGUACAACUUCAAAGAAAGUUGAAUCUACCUUACAUCUUGAUGACGUAUCCUCACAUGCUAAACCAGUUCCUGGGAAAAAUACAAAAGUAUACUGGAGCUCUUUUACAGAUAUGAUUACACAUCAUAUGGAAUUCAUCCAGGAGGAAGGAGUUAUCUAUAUCAAACAAUCUGGCUAUUACUUUGUGUCGUCUUUGCUUACAGUAAGAGCUAACAACAUGACCACGACUGAUACAGUCAAUAACUCCGAGGAUGCAAUCCGUCACGUUGUUAACGUAAUACACCACAAGGAUGGGGCUGAACAAGUUCUUCUUGAACACGUCAAAUUCAUGUGUGAAUUAUCUUUCGGUCAUGCAGAAUGGUCAAGUAAUAUAGGAGCACCUUUUUACUUAAAUGAGCAGGACAGAGUAUACUUGGCCACAUCACAUCCAUAUAAUCUUGUCAGUGGUCACAGUUAUAAUUAUCUAAGCAUUCAUACCAUUCUGUAAGACCAAAAAAAAGAGACAAAAACAAAACAAAAACAAAAAACAAAAAUAAAAAAACAAGCUAAAAACAAAAAUUAAUCAAACAACAAACAAUAAUAAAGACAAACAAAAAGAAAGUAUACAAUUUGUUAUAUACUGGACAUUACUGUUUUAAAUUUUAUAUAUAUUUUUUUUUUUUGACAUUAUAUGAGCCACGUCACGACAAAACCAACAUAGUGCGACACUGCGUUUGCUACCAGCAUGGAUCCAGACCAGCCUGCGCAUCCGCGAUCAGGAUCCAUGCUGUUCACUUACUAACUCUAUUAAAAGUAAAGAAACUGAUAGCGAACAGCAUGGAUCCUGAUCAGACUGCACGGAUGCGCAGGCUGGUCUGGAUCCAUGCUGAUCAAAAACGCACUAUGUUGGUUUUGUCAUGACGCGGCUCAUAUGUGUGAUAUCUAGUUAAUCCUCUUUCAAAAUUUUAUUUCAAUUAGUUUCUCUAAUCGUUUUCUCGUUCAGGGCACACGCACUAAUGUGUCGUGUAGCAUAUGCCGCUCUUCAUGGAAUGGUUCUAACAUGACACAUUGAAAGUUCCGUGAUAACUGCCAUAUGGACACAUCUGCGUAUGUUUCAAAAUCAAAAA